AAACUCCUGGAGAGUGAGUGUAACCAAACCCCCACCCUUCCUCCAGAAACCAGAGAGCAAAUUCGCUAUGUCUCCAAGGAUGGAAAGUGUCGUGUCAACCUGGGCUACAUAUCUGAGAGGGGUCGCUUUCUGUCUGACAUCUUUACCUCUUUUGUGGACCUUCAGUACCGCUGGUUUCUAUUUGUAUUCAUGAUGUGCUACAUCACCACCUGGUUCUUGUUUGCUGGGCUCUACUUCUUGAAUGCUUUCUUCCGAGGUGACCUAGGGCAAGAGCGACCCCUGAGCACCCAUGUAGAACACCUUGUAGACCAAAGGCCCUGCUAUUUAGGUGUAAAUGGCUUCAUCUCAGCUCUACUCUUCUCCGUGGAAACGCAGCGCACCAUUGGUUAUGGGUCACGCACUGUUUCUCCCUCCUGCCAUGAAGGCGUUCUGCUAGUUAUGAUACAGUGCAUUGUUGGGUCCAUGAUAGAUGCACUCAUGGUGGGUUGCAUGUUUGUUAAAAUAUCCAGACCUAAGAAGCGGGCUGAGACACUACUUUUCAGUCACACCUGCGUUAUUGCCAACCGUGAUGACCAGCUAUGUUUGAUGUUCCGCUUGGGGGACCUGAGAGAAAGCCACAUGGUGGAUGCCAAGAUCCGUGCAAAGUUAAUCAAGUCGCGCCAAACAGCCGAGGGCGAGUUCUUGCCACUGGAGCAGACGGAGAUUGACCUCGGCUACGAAACUGGGUCAGACCGACUCUUCCUGGUGGAGCCUCAAGUUAUUCAGCACAAUAUUGACUCUAACAGCCCCUUUUGGGAGCUGGGCCCUCAGCAGCUUAGACGACAACAGUUUGAGAUAAUCGUUAUCUUGGAGGGCAUUGUCGAGGCCACAGGCAUGAUGUGCCAAGCCAAAACAUCCUACAUAGAGACGGAGAUAGAGUGGGGCGCUCGCUUUGAGCCCUGCAUGACUCUGGAGAAGGGCUCGUUCAGAGUCGACCUGCGGCGGUUCCACAGCACCUACAAGGUCCCGCUGCCGGACUGCAGCGCCAGCCAGGUCCACCAGUUAAUGCUUCUGGCAGAGGACUCCAAAGCCAGCAAUUGGGGGACCUGGGCAGAGGGGACGGCAGAGGAAGACAAAGACAAGCAGCCGUCUCAUGGAGGAUUCAGUUUUGAUAACAUACUUGAGGAGAGGGCGUCUGAGGACAAUGAAAGUGAGGGGAGUGCAGGAAAAAGCUAA